AUGUCAGCGCCGACAGUGCCAUUCCCCCGUGGUGCAGCGACGCCAGCCUCUGAGGAGCAUGGCAAAGGCAUGCACAUAGACAUCCCUGGUGAAGGAGGUCAGGGCAAGGGUGACAAAUCGCAAUCGGGUGGUACUUGGUCACGACACCAUCGACCACCCAACCCAACUUCCGAUUCAUACUUCCCGUCUUCAGCUUCGGGCCAUCCUUCAAAGACGCCCAAAGCGAGCAGCGUCUACGGCCACAGUCGAGGAACAAGUGCUUCUGGAAAUGCAUCUCACGCAACAGCACCUCCUGCUACGACGCCCAGCAAGGGCGUCGGUCAUAGCAUGUCUCUGAGCUUGUCAUCGGUCAAAGGUGGCCAGGAUCCUCAGCCCAGCUCUGCUCAUCCUCAGCAUGGAAUGCCCCACGACUUUGCUCCGUACGAAGGUCAUUUCAGCCACGGACCCCCAAGUCCAAGCACCUUGACGGACAUCAUCUUGGGCUUACACAGCACCUUGUAUGGUGGCAAGCGAUCCGCAGACGAGGUCCGACAAAUGGUUCAGCACUACUACGAGUACGACGCAUGUGAGUCAUCGACGCAUACAUGCGCUUGAGUACAGUUGAUUCAGACGGCAAGCCACACGGCGCGAUUCACAGUUGCAUCAGCUAACUUGAGAAUCAUUGUCUCAUCGUGUCACUUUGCGCGCGGAUCCAGUGUUCGAAUCGCCGCUCUUGGCUGCGGUGGGCAGAGAGCAGAUUGCCAACCAAUUCAUCAUGGCUUUUGCCUUGCCAGGAAUGGACGUCACGAGCGAGCUGAGAGACGUCAUCUGCUCAGACUUCGAAUUCGGUGAGCAGACGCGGUCAGAUCGGACCAUUCUUCAUGCUUGUUCAGGUGGGGCCCGACGCGCGCCCACUCUGUUUGACGGCUGAGUCCCCUCGCUUUUCGAUGCGUCUUUCACGUGCAGACGGAACUCGUGCUGGUAUCAUCGACCAGACUAUCAGUGUCACCUUUUUGCCAAGUCUGUUCGGCUCGGCACCUCCCAAGUCGACAGCUCGCACCCCAGCUCCUGGUGCCACCAGUCACGCUGCACACAGCUCCUUGACGCCGCAUCCCUUCCUUAACUACGCAAGCGGAAGCUCUGCCUAUCCUGCGCCCAACAACGAUGGAAGCAGCUCGAUCUUCAGCCGCUUCGGAUUUGGAGGUGGGGGAGCAGCGAAGAGUGGCCCGCACUCACCAGUAACACCUUACAGCCUGUGGGGCUCCUCGAGGCCACACACUCCUGGACCGGGGCACAGUAUCCGUCCAAUGUCUUCUGGCCCCGGAUCCUCGGCUCCUCACAGUGCUCAUCCUUGGCAUGCGCGCGCAAGCACUCCUCCCAGCGUCAAUGGAGACUACGACGAGGAUGAACAGUACAGCUAUGGCGAUGCAGAAGGCGAUGGUGUGACCACCGUCAUGCACCGCCCAACCCAGCCUGCAGUCGUACCACACUGGUCUCACGAAGGGCUGGGAAGGUCUACCGUGAGCAGCUUCGUCUGGGGUCUCUUCCACCCUCGUCAAGUGUUGCGCCAUCUGUGCACUAUUCAAUUGCGUCUCAUGAGCCGUUUAGAGUUCAAUGACGCCGGACGAAUCGUCAGACACGAAGAUACUUGGGGCUUGCGUGAGGCCAUCGAAGGCACUAUUCCGUUUGUAGGCCUCUUCUAUGCCAUUGAGCGACGAGUGGUCGGUUAUCUUUGCUCCUGGGCCAUUGGCAAAGGCGUACGCCUUUCCGACUCGAUCACAAAGUCGGGCAGGAUACCCCAGCCACCUCGCCCUUCCUCAGAGCCGGGCACGCCGUGGAUCACAGACAAAGCGGCAGCUAUGGAGCAUUACCACCGCUCAGGCGCGGAUGAGGCUGCCAGAGCUCUCUUGCUCGGAGGUCAUCACGAACGCAAACCAUCGUCCGCGUCUCAUCAUUACCUGCUGCCUUCCGCCGGGCACACUUUCACCGGCCAUCCGCACUAUCACACUAUCAGUCGAUCUCGCGCAACUUCGCCUACGCGCUACAGGUUCACGUCGUCUGGCAGUACGCCAGGGUCACACACUGUGACCGGCACGAGAUCCCGCGCAAGAAGUCUCGUGGGCUCGCACGGCAGUGCAUAUCCGUCUCGAGCGCCCAGUCACGACAAUCUAGCAGCAUGGGGCCAAAUACAUGGCGUGCCUGGUGUGAGCUCGGCUACUGGAGAGUAUCCGCCUGAUAGCGGUGCACGGUACCGGGACAGGGCAGCCAGGAGGCUCGAAGGUGGGCGUGCGAGCUCCACCACGAGCGCUCCAGCCGGAGAUCUGCCCAAUAGUCACUCCUUGGCCGCUGGAACGACGACAGACUCUAGUGGUGCUUUCUUGACAGACAAGCACGGCUCUGUCUCAGGCGCGCACACACUCGACAGCAUCUUUCAACCACCGCCCGCUCCUGACCGCGACGAACAUUGA